ACACAAUUCAGAGACAUUAUCGUUCUCAAAUCUUUUUUGUUGAAGAAGGAAGCUCAUCAUGGCUCGUACGAAGCAAACCGCGAGAAAAUCACACGGAGGUAAAGCUCCGAGGAAGCAACUCGCCACCAAGGCGGCGAGGAAAUCUGCGCCGACCAGCGGUGGAGUCAAGAAGCCUCACCGUUACCGUCCUGGAACCGUCGCUCUUCGUGAGAUUCGUAAGUACCAGAAGAGCACAGAGUUGUUGAUCCGUAAGCUUCCCUUUCAGCGUCUUGUUCGUGAAAUCACGGAUCUGAGAUUCCAGAGCCAUGCUGUGUUAGCACUUCAAGAAGCUGCGGAGGCGUAUCUGGUGGGUUUGUUUGAAGACACUAAUCUUUGUGCCAUUCACGCCAAGAGGGUUACGAUUAUGCCUAAAGACGUUCAGCUCGCAAGAAGGAUUCGUGGGGAGCGUGCUUAA